UCACUCGUCAGUGGUUGUGCCACGUACCUUUCCAGUUCCUUCAAAUUAUUUAAGUAUUUUAACCAGAGCUGUCGUCGUCGAAGGCAUACUUUAUGCCCAGUGAUACCAAAACACCGUUAUUUUGUUAUUAAGGACUAGAAUAUGAGUGGAAAUUCAGUGUUUUGGGGUCUGAUAGGAAUACUUCUUGUCAUAACCUGUUGUUAUGCUCCCCCGGUCAAUAAGAAAAAGCCAUCUCCAGAGAAAGAGGAGGAAGACCUUCCCGAAUAUGCACGAUACCUAAAACAAGUCGUACAGAUAUUAGAACAAGAUGAAGACUACGUUCAAAAGCUAAUGAAUGCCUCGGAUGCGGACUUGAGAUCGGGCAAAGUAGCGGACGAUCUCGAUCUUGUAAAAUACGAUGUAAGGACUAAAUUGGACGAGCUAAAACGUCAGGAAAUUGAAAGACAACGAAUGAUUCGAAGGCAAAUGAACGAUCACAAUAGUGGGCUUAAAGAAAGAGAGCAUUGGAACCCGGUGUUUGAUGACGAUAAUCCUGAUUUCUUUGGUCCAGAAGAUUUCAAGAAGUUAUUGUCCAAGCAUCAUGAUGAAAUGGAUAAGCGAGAUGCAGAUAGAAGAGAGGAGUACAAAAAACAUGAACUACAGAAAGAACAUGAAAGGAGAGCAGAACUGAAGAAAAUGGAUGAGGAACAUCGCAAAGAAGCUGAGAAGAAGCAUGAAGAACUGAUGAAAAAGCAUGCGGAAGAAGCUAAAAAUCUCCAUCAUCCUGGAAGCAAAGCUCAGCUUGAGCAAGUCUGGGAAGAGAGUGAUGGUCUGGACAAGAAGGACUUUGACCCUAGAACAUUCUUCCAGCUUCAUGAUGUGAACGGUGAUGGUUAUCUUGACACUGGUGAAUUGGAAGCUUUGUUUGUCAAAGAGGUGGCAAGGCUGUAUAACCCUAAAGAUGAAGGCUAUGAUCCUGUUGAGAGGGAUGAAGAAAUUGCAAGGAUGCGGGAACACGUCAUGAAUGAGAUUGACAAAGACAAGGAUGGAUUCGUCUCCAAAGAUGAGUUCCUGUCAGCAAGCAAAUCAGACGAAUUUGAAAAAGAUGAGGGAUGGAAAGGAAUUGAUGAAGAGCGCCCUUACACAGAUGAUGAGCUUGCUGAAUUUGAAAAGAGCUUAGAUCAAGCAGAAAAGCAUAGGGAUGCUCAAAAAGAAGGAACGACAGAACAACAUGACCAACAGCAGCAACAACAUGACGAACAACAAAAGCAAGAACAUCACUAAUCCGGAUGACCACGAAAGAUUUCCUCCUCAAACCCAUCGGCCCUCUGGUAUCAUAUGCGUGGUAAACCUAUUUUUGCCAAUAGACCAUGAACUUCAUCAAUUGCAUGAUUUCUUCCCAAUGAGACAACUAUAAUAUAUCAUGAAAAUAGACCCACAAAAUACAUGCUCUAUUUACACUUCUUUACCUUGGGCGUAAUGUUUUCUCAUUUCAAACCACGUGUCAUUUCCUAGAGUAUCAUUUCUUUGUUUAAUGGUUGCUCACGAGAAGACACAUGAAUAUGGAUACAACUCAUACCAAGAAUAUCACAGUCAAGAGAAUGACAUGUGGUCUGAAGUAAACAGGAAAACAUAACGGCCAAGCUACAUGGAGGUGUAUUCACAAUCCCUAUGAUGCUAAAUUCGAACUACAUAGGCUUUUAGUUGAAUGACAUACAUUGCUAUGAGAGGUUUUGUGAAACCCAUUUUUCACUUGCGAAAAUUCUCAAUUUGAAGUCAACAUAGAAGUUCUACAUAUCAAGAACCUAUUGUUUUUCGCAAACAAACAAAGCAUAGUAGUUAAGUAAGUUAAUUAAGAAAAACUAGAAGAUUUUGAAAGUUUUGACUAAAAAAAGAUCGAACAAUUUUCAACGUUGACUGCCAACUUUUCAUAAAACCUUAAAACCUGUCAUAGCAUCUACUGUUGUUCUCACUAAGUCUGUUCAUAAAAAUAUAUAUCAACCUCUUGCAUUAAAUCCUUACCUGGGAUGAAAAUAAACAUUACAAAAGAUUUCAAUCUUGAAGAGAAGUGCAAUCUUUUGUUUUGUUGCCCAGAUUGGGAAUAGAGCCUUUGCCAAAAUGGCCGCCGAAAAUUGAAAUGAGUUAAA